AUGAAAACCUCAGUGUUGUGUUUAUUUUUGAUUAUUUCUAUUAUUUCAAUUUAUGCCGAUGAUAAAGAAGUUGAGAAUCAUAAAGUUGAGGCCGAGACAAAAGAAAAACGUAAUGGUGGUAAUCAUGAUGUUCCGGAUGAAACAAAAGUAAAACGUGAUGGUGAUGAUAAAGCAAUUAAUCAUAACGUUGAGGCCGAGACAAAAGAAAAACGUAAUGGUGGUAAUCAUGAUGUUCCGGAUGAAACAAAAGUAAAACGUGAUGGUGAUGAUAAAGCAAUUACUCAUAACGUUGAGGCCGAGACAAAAGAAAAACGUGAUGAUAAGAUUGCAGCAGAAUCAGACGAACCCAGAGAGGAGCGCAAGACAAAGAAAACUAAAGAAAAAAACAAUGGAAAAGCAAAAAAAGACAACAAAAAAUCAAAAGACAAAAACAAUGAAAAGACAAAAAAACCAACAAAAAAAGACAAAAAAACAAUGAAUAUCCGCGAUGCUCGUGCAACAAUGACUGGAACCUAAACAAUAGAAUCAAAAGGAAAGGGCCAUUAAAUGUGGGAUAAAUUUGGCUAUUAUAUU